GGAGGAGGUGCGAGCGAGGCCUGUAUGGACCCCUGAAGUCGUUCAGGCCAUCAGCCUUGCCUGGUCCUGAGAGCACCCCCACCCCCCCGGCCAUGAGAGCUCAACGGUCCCGGCUCGGCUCCAUCGACUCCUAUCGCGGGUGUGGUCCACGCUCCCGCUCGCCCUCCCCGCGGGGUCACCGCAGCUACCACCACCACCAUCGCUCCCCGCCUAGCCGUCGCUCUUCCCAUCGUUCGUAUCGCUCGCCUUCCCCGCGCCAUUUCAGCAGGAGAUAUUCGCCCUCAUAUUCUCCAAGGGAGCGUUCACGUUCUCCAUGCCGACGUUCUGAAUCUUCAGUGGAAAAAUUCUUGCGGGCCGUAGUUGAAAAUGGCCAGGAUGGUAUUGGCACAAACUCACCAGCUAAUAGUCUGAGCAAUGUAAACAGGGAUGACUUGGGUGAUGGUGAAGUAUUCGGCAGAGCCCUUUCACAUCCUCGGAAUCUUGAUAGAGGUUUCUUUCGUGAGGAGAAUCCUUCAAGACCAUUCAGCAUGAGACAUGAUGAGGACUCUUAUAAUAGGGACAUUUUCAUAGCUCAACUGGACCGAAGCAUAAACAGUGACUUUCUACAGCAUCAAUCAAGAGAAAAUAAGAGGGGUGGGGAGCAAGAAUCAAAAUACUUUCAAUAUGACAGAAAAGAUAGACUCUUUGAUGAAAGCAUAAAAUCUCAGGCUUCAUUGGCAGAAACAGAGAAGUAUUGUAAACAAAGCCUUAAUAGAAGCCCAAGCCUGAUAUACAUGGAUGAAGAUUUUCGUAAACUUGAAAGAAUUAGGAGAAAACGAGAAGAGGAUUUGCGAAGCAGUAACAUUAGUACUGACAACCCAAUUCCUGAUUCAACUAAUCAAGAACAGACUUCUGAAUCUCGACACCAUUCUAGACCUGAGAAAACACCAGCAGUGCCCUUUAAAUCUAUACUGAAGAAACGUUCAGAUGAUUCUUCUAUACAGGACUCUGGAAAUUUUUCAAAGGGGAAGAAGCCUCCUGAGUCAGCAUCAGAAUCUGUCAAUCAAUGUCGUGACUUCCUGCAGCCUCAUGAAAGAGCUAGUCAAGAUGGAAGUGGUUUUUCAUGCAUUCUAGGUAGAACAACUGAUUCUACGUAUGUUCCAGAAAAAAUAUUGGAUCCCUUCCCUGAUAAUAUAGAAGAUGAAGAGAAAUUUCUUUAUGGUGAUGAUGAUGGUGAUUCAAACAACUGUCUCUACUCUCAAAAGAUAAUGAUGAGUGAAAAGAAAGAACCUGUAAGUGAGAAAGUAAAUUCUCUACCUCCUGCAAAACCAGAGAAUUUGGAACAGUCUGUAAAACCAGAGAAUUUGGAACAGUCUGUAAAACCAGAGAAUUUGGAACAGUCCAGAGUGGAAUAUGAAAAGAUCCGUGACUUGCUUAAAACUAUUGGUUUGGACAUUGGAAUGGCUGAAAUAGAUAAGCUUGCUGCUCGCACAGAAGAAAGACUUCAUGGGAAAAAACCAGCUUAUUCUCAUCAUCAUUCAGUGGGAAAUCAUAAAGCAAAAUUGUGGGAGAGGCAGAAACAUUCUCUAUCGUCAUCUGAUUCUUUCCCAUCACCUGAAGCUGUGUCCCCUGUUUUAAAAUCUGACUAUAAUAACAUCGCUACUUCAGGGCAAAAUAAACCUACUGAUAUGUGCGAGCAAUCUGGUGUUCCAGCAUUUUUAACCCCAUCAGCUCCACCUUCUUUUCUUCCACCUCCUGGGCCCAUCUCUGGUUUCUGUCAUAAUGUUCCAUAUGUCUCUUCAUUUACUCCAACUCAGUUCUUCCCAAACUCUGCUGCUCUCCCAGCCUUACCUGUCUAUGAUGUAUACCAGCACAAUAUGGGUUAUACAACUUCUGACUGGUCUGCUCAGCAAGUGGGCUCUGUAUGUCCAAAUAAACCUGAGGUUGCCAAGCUAAAAAACAAAUGUACGAAUCCCAACCUCAGAAUCAUUAAAACAAUUACCAUCAGCAAUUCCAAGCAACUUCAAGGUGCUUCUACCACUGCUCCUUCAUGUCAGCAGCCUCAGUUAUCCAAGUCAUCUAAAAGAAAGGCCAGGCGAAGAAUAAAAGCAAAUUCUGUGGAGCUCAAGGUAAUAGACGAAAGAAGAAAGUUGGAGCUUGAAAAAGAAUCGCAACAUAAGAAACUCUUUUAUCUGAAGAUUGAAUUAGAUAGGCUUUCAAAACAGCAAGUGGAGAUGCUGCAGAAGAAACGAAAAGAGGAGGACCCGUUGCUUGUGGAACUGAGCAGAGUGAAAGAAAACACUGCAAACAAGGUUGCUGAACUGGAAACGAAUAUGAAAGCUUUAAAGGAGAAACAGGGCGAAUUUGAUAAAAUAAUUCAUAGCCUGAAGAUGAAUCAUUUGAAAAAAGGCCAGGAAUUAUCUUCAGAAGACAACCCACAAAAAAAUCCCCAAAGUGAAGAGAGAACUUUUAACUCAAUUUAGUCAUAAAGGAAGUGAUUGUUCACCUGGAGUAAGAACAGAAACCAGCAGAAGAAAAAUCCUAAAGGACUGUCCCAUUCCUGACCUGACUCUAGAGGUUAGAAGCUGUGGUAAGAUUUUGAGAUGAAGACUACAAUUCUAGAGAAUAUUUUUAUUCUGUCAUGAUUUCAAGCACUAUAUUUUAUUCAGAUUUAUUUUAUGUUUCAAGAAAAGUAAAAAAAGUUAAGAAAUUUUGUCUCUUGGCUCAUUAAAUAUCAAUAUAUAUUUUAUCAAUGGCAUUUCCUCAAAGAAGAUAGUAAGUUCUAUAUUUUCUGAAUAGCUGUUUCCUUAAAUUAGAGAUAAUCUGAAUGGUUACUGCAACUUAAUUUUCAGGUUGCAAUUAUGAGAACAUUUGAUUAAUUUUUGUUGAUUGAUUGCCACAGCUCUCAAAAUGGAUCUUUUAAGAACAUUUUAAAAGAAUACCGCCUUAUUCUAUGAGUACAUUGUAUGGCAUUAUACUCUUAAGAAAGAAGUCAUAGUGCCAUAUUUAUUUCCCUCUGGCCAGAAAAAAGUGUUUUUCUAAAAAAAGCCUAUUUCUUCCUAAUGUUUACAAACACAAAUCACCACCACUGGAAGCCUUCAGAAAACUUUAGUAAGUAAAACAUAUCUUCUCUGUUUUUUUUAAUGUUCUAUUAGUUUUUGCUGAAACGUUCUUCACAAUUUUAAGCUCAGCUCUAAGUAAAUAUUUAAUCUUCCAGUAGGCUUUGGAGCAUUUGGAAAACAAAACAUGUCAUAGAGCUUUGUUUUUACACUACUUCCUUGAAUGUAAUGUAAAGACAAACAUGGAAAUUUUAAGAAAUUUUUAAAACAGAUAAAGGAGAUGGUUAUUUUGAAAGAUUUUUUUUGGCAAAAGUGCUUUAAACACAUUGGAAUUAAAUUAGCCAAAAGAACUACACAUUUGUGGGAAUGUUUCUUGUUUAGUAUUAAAGAAUGCAUAUAAUUGGUGGAUUGCACAAAACAAAAAGUAACAGUAAGCCAGACUAUGAAACUGAUUGUAAUUAUAGAGUUGAUGUUGAAUAUAAUUAAGUGCUAUUAGGGAUGGAAGCACAGAAAGACAAAAAUAUAGGAAGCUUGCCUUUAAUUUUCUCUUGUUUAAGACACUUUCAUUUUUUGAUUAUAAUAUAAUGAUAACCAUCAGAAAACAGCAAGAAUGGAGGAGAGGAGAGGAGAGGAGAGGAGAGGAGAGGAGAUCACUAGAGCAACCUGCAGGAAUUACACCAGGUUUGCUUCAGAAAUAAUUUUAGCAAAUGGGCAAAUAGAAUCACUUGAUACUAAAUUGACAGCACUUAAGAAAAAAAUAGAUUAAAGACUUGUAAAGAGGAAAGAGGAGAUGAAAGAAGAAGCCAGGAUGAUGGAAAGUGCUGUAACGAAUGUCUGGAGAGAGAAAACAAAUCAACGACAAAGUAUACAUUUUAGAGAGAAGGACAGAAGUUCCUGAGGGUGUUGGAAAGAGAACUAGAUAAUCUGGCUAUAUUUGAUUAGUAGAAUACGAAUUUGUUUUAGGACUUAGAGCAAGGCCAUAGGAUUCUAGUGAAGAUAUUAGAGAGAUUAUUAAAGUCCUGGCAAUUUUUUUGGAUUGGGCAAAGGAGUAUAUAGAGACAUAAAUCGAUAAAAAUGUAUAGAAUAAAUUCAAUCUUUGCAAGAACAAGAAAUGUUCUAAGAGAUGCUUUUGGCACUUUGUCAGGAAAAAAAAGGAUUAAGUUUUGCAUUAAAUACUGGCAAUAUAGAUAUAGUUGCUCUUAAAUUACUAUCAUAACUGUGUAAGAGAAACGUGUAUUUUUUUGACUGAGAGAUUAAAACAGAAAAGGAUCCUAUUUUGAUGGAACAAAUUGGAAGAUACAAAUUUUACUUUUAAAUAACAGAGAUUUUAGUUGAAUUCUGUCCAGGAAGUGUGGAAAUUUCUAGAAAAAUUCUAAGAAUUGAGAUUCAAAUGAAAGUGUCAAAGAGGACACAAAAACUGCAACUAGUGCAAGAAGAAACUGAAAGGGAUGGUACUGGAUUAGGUGUUACAAGUAUUGUUUUUCUAAUUUUUUCAUGUGAUUAUGUAUUACAAGAGAUUAAUGUAAAAUAUAAAUGUAGCAAAUGCUCCCCAAAAGUAAAAAAGUCGUUAAUUGAAAAAAAUAAUAAAACAAUAUAAUUUGCCCACAAAAGACACAUAUUGGAAAAGAUAUGGAGUUUUCCCUCUCCCUUCUCACAGUUUUUGAAACGUGUGUAUGCACACAUUUUUGAAAGAAGGAUCUCUUGCUGUUUGGUUUGGAUGAAAGAGUAAGUGUUCUUAGUGUUGAGAAAUAAAAGGCUUUUGAGUUAAAAGGACAUGACAUGAGAUCAAGAUGGCAGGGAUAUUUGUGAUACAAUAAAGUUGAAGUUAAUUGGAUUUGAAAAAUAAUUGUUAUUUAUGCUAUAUUCAGAAUGGAAGAGAUACAAAUCAGGUUGUGCUCAAAAACAUCUUCCUGGCCUCUUAGCAUAACAAACAUAGACAAGAAAUAAUAGGCAAAUAAAUUUGGCUAACUUAUUGUGAGAUAUUAAUAUUGUAUUGGGAAGAAUCUAAAAUAAAGAAGAACUAGUGGCAGAGGGACAGUGGUUUCUUAUAUACAAUUACCAAAAAGAUUUAAAGUAGAUAAAAGAACAUCAUAAGGCUGAAUUUGAAAUAGAAUUGUGUACAAAUGAUGAACACGUGAUUGCUAAAAAGUGUAAACUUUUAUUGAAAUGUGAAAUAGAAGAACAAUUUCUGGAAUGUUUGAUAAAAGUGGACUAAAAUUUUAAUUAUAAACAAAUGAAACAAUGGGAAAACAUGGUUGAAAGGAUUGAAAUUUAUACUAUGUUAUAAUCUUAAAGAUAUUUUUUAUACAAUGAUGUUUCAUAAGUAUAUGUCACCGGAAAAAUUGGACAUGUGAACAAGAAGAUACAUUGUUGGUGGAUAUGUAAAAGAGCUGGAAUAUUAAGACUUUUCUUUUGGAAUUGAUGGUCAAACAAUUGGAAAACAAUCUUAGAAAUUUGUUUUUGUACUUGAUAAAUGCAGCAAAGUUAUUGUAUGCACAAAAAUAGAAAGAUUCGGCAUUACUCACAAUAGAAGAAUAUUUGAUAAAGACAAUGGAACUUGCUGAUAUGGCAAAAUUGUUUAACGAAAAGACAAUUUCUAUGCUUCCUGCGGACAAGAAACCCCUUAUGGACUUUUUCUGCAAAAAGUAAACGUAUAAUUUGUGGUUUUUAAUGAUACAUUAUAGAAAGAAUAGAAUUAAAUUGUAACUAUAGAGUGAGAGUAAAUUUAUUAAUGUAGCUAUACAGGUAGUUCUCAACUUAAGAUCACAAUUGGGGCCAGAAUUUCUGGUGCAGUCAUAAGUUAUCAAGUGACUAGACCAGAUUUUAUGACCAUUUUUAUGGUGGUCAUAAAACAAAUCAUUGUGGUUAUUAAGCAAAAUCACAUGGUUGUUAAACAAAUUCAGCUUCCAUAAUUGUUUUUUGUCAGAAACCAACUGGGAAGGUCGGAAACCACAGUCACAUGAUCAUAGAAUGCUGUAUUUGGUCAUAAAUGUGAGACAGUUGCUAAGCGUCUGAAUUGUGAUCACAUGAUCAUGAGGGUGGUACAGUGGUCGCAAGUAUGAUAAAUAAUUUUUUCAAGGCUAUCAUAACUUUGAAUUGUUGUUGAAUGAAUGUCAUAAGACAUGUACUAUCUGUAACUGCUAUAAAGAAGA